UGUACGCUUCGUUGUGGUGCGCGUUAAGUUGUUCCUCGCUGUGUCCUUAUCAUGAGUAUAAGUGAUGAUUUGGGAAGAUUUAAGAUUUAAGGUUGAUUGUUUUAAGAAGAUUUGGGAGCGUGUUUAGGUCUGAAAUAGAACGCGAGCCGUCGGACGAGUAGCCAACUGAUAAUUUUAUCUCCUCGCACGUUCUUUGGGAAGGCGGACAUCUGUAGUUCGGUUUCGACAGUAUCCUCGGCUGGCCGUCCUUAUAUGAACUCGAGACUAAAUUGACUAAAACUAAAGACAAAUGUCAUUUGAAAAUCUAAUGACAGUCGCCGGCUAGCAUACAUUUGGCUAAUCAACGCGCCUUUUGAGCUUUGAAUGUGCACCGUUCAAAAGAUAUCAGUUUUUUUGUGUGUGAAGAUCUCACCUGGGUGAAAUUGGAGGCCUGGUUGGAGGGCCUUAACAGCAGUCUAGACGCCUAUCAAGAUAUAAUGACCAUAACCUUGAAAUUGCUGUUUGCCAUCACAAGCAUAGCGUUUUCUCCAUUUUUGAGUAGUACUGAAAUAGGGGAUCCAUGUCCUGGAGGCCAUCCUGGGGUGUGUGCUGACAUCUACAAUUGCACGUCAGCUUUAAUUAACAUCAAACUUAGAAAACCACUGUAUCACUGUUUUUUCAUAAACAAACGUCCGAUAGUUUGCUGUAAUGAUGCUUCGUUAAUGAAUUCGAGGAGCGUGCCAAGGAAAAUCACGACUACAACUACCGCUCCAGUCGCUAGAAAAAAUAUAAAACGGGUCAGGUUCAGCCAUUACAAGAUACCGAGGAAUUGCUCCCCUAUAGCAAGCAACCUCACUGUUCCAAAAACAGGACAAAAGGCGUUCGACAAAUGUUUGUACUAUCAGGAAAAAUACGUGUAUCCGUGCCUGGAUAGCCCUCUUCCGGGACAAGCCAAGGCGAGGGCGAAUUACUGUACAUGGAGUUCCGAAGGCCUGAUCGUUAAUGGAGAGAAUGCUUCUCGCGGGGAGUUCCCACACAUGGCACUGCUCGGUUUUGGAACGCGCAAAAUAGAUUGGAAAUGUGGUGGAACUAUAAUCAGCGAGAGGUUUGUUCUUACUGCGGCACACUGCACCAAGACUGCUAUACGGGGUUCUGUCACCAAAAUCAAGAUAGGAAUCUUAAAAACGUCUGAGCCAGAUACGGAUUUCAACGUGUACAAUGUUUUUAAGAUUCACGUCCACGAAAAUUAUCAUUCUCCACUAAAAUAUAAUGAUAUAGCUUUGCUUGAGACGGACAGAGAGAUGCUGCUAGGUCCAGAAGCAUUCCCAGCAUGUCUCAAUGAUGGGACUGAGGUCAGCGACACAGUCAUAGUGUCUGGCUGGGGUCAAACCAGCACUACCAGGAGAAUCAUGUCCGACGUCUUGCAGAAGGCAUACUUGAAAAACUUCGAUGAGUCCGAAUGCCACAGCUAUCACGAGGUUUACAGUCACAGAAACAUGCCGGAUGGAAUAGAUACCGAGACGCAAAUAUGUUUCGGAAAUAAAAACAAUUCAAGUGAUACUUGCGGAGUGAGUGUUGUUAAAAUUGGCGAUAGCGGAGGUCCAGCCCAGAUCAAACAUCCGAAAAUAUACUGCAUGUACUUGGUGAUGGGUGUGACCUCUUUCGGACGAUCCUGUGGGGUGCAGGGAGCGCCAGGAGUUUACACUAGAGUAUCUCAUUUUUUGCCCUGGAUCGAGAGGACUGUGUGGCCAUAACUAUGAAGACAAAAUACCUAAUUUUACCAAAUUUUGAAGAGUCCUUCCGAUAUCACAUUUAACUGAAAAAUUGUUAAUUUUUUUUAUUGUGAACUGUCAUUUAAUGGCUCUUGAAUCACAUACUUUUGUCAAAAAGUUCAA